CGACUGGAGGAGGAGGCGGCGCAGAAGGAGGAGGAGGAGGGGCAGCAGGCGGUGGGGGUGGUGGCCGCUGGAGCUGUGAUGGUGGCUGCUGCGCCGGCGGCAGUGGGAGGUGCGCAGGCGGCUUCGGAAGGAGUUGCUGCUGCUGCCGUCGGGACGGGAGCGGGGGCGGCAGGUGCUGGCGGAAGCGGGGCCGCGGAGGCGGGUGCCAUUGUUGCCGUACCAGCUGCUGCUGCUGCGGCUGGUGGAGCUGCCGCCGCAGGGGCGGGGGGCAGCAAGGAGCGGAAGCCGCACUGGACCAAAGUCAUUACGCUCAAGACGGAGGACCGGCUGCGGCUGCUUGUGGAGCACCUGAACACGCACCGCUUCAUAUCGCGGGUGCAGGUGCGCCGGCUGGUGAUGGAGUGGGAGAGCGCGGUGAGCGGCAAGCCCGUUCCCAACAGCGCCGCGGGGCCCGACAUCAAGACCAUCCGCCGCCUGAUGGACCGGCUGGCGGAGGCGGGCAAGGCCAAGAUCAUCCGGGUUGACACCUCGGGAUUCCUGGGCGACAACAGACCGGUUGACGUGCUGCUGCGCCCCGACCUGGAGCCCACCCCCGAGCUGCUGGAGGAGAUGCGGCGGCAGAUGGCGGACUUCGAGCGGCGGCUGCGGUCGGAGUGCUGCCGGCGGGCGCUGGCAGCCAGGAGGGUGGCGGGGCAGGAGCAGCAGCAGCGCGUCGGGGAC